ACGGCUUCCGCGGCCACUGUUUCUUCGUCGUAUGAAUUUGAUUGUGAAUUAUAUAACCGGAUGUUCAUUAUGAUUCAGGAAUUUUCGAAAUUUUUUAUGAACGUUUUUUUUACCUGCACGUAGACAUACAUUCUCGCAUGAUCGAUACAUAAAGAUGAUUGCGAUUACGUAAACGAUUACGGGAUACAUAAACAUGCUUGCACGUGUGAAUUGUACUGCAAAUCAGUCGCGUGCCUUGUACAUAUCCAAUCCACCUUCAUUUUCUUAUAAUUGUUGGAUCAUAUUACGGCACGACGAAGUUAUAAAAAGAAGAAAAAAAUUAAGAAAAUGAGACACACGCCUCAAAAAAUCGGAGUUGUGGGUGCCACGUUUUUAUUGGUGUGUGGUUUCUUAUGUGUUGGGAGCAGUUUCUUGUAUGGUCAGACAGUUCCAGGUUUGCCCACGGUAAAUGACCGACUUCAGAUUGACGGAGGACCGGAGGAAUCUUGGAAAAGGAUGACUGGAGAAAAUAUCAUGUUCAGAUGUAUUACUGGAUUGAAGGAUUAUCCGGUUUUUUCAUGGUUAAAGGACGGAAAGCCACUUCCCCGAGACGUGAUUAAAUAUCAGUUGAUCAGUAAUGGAAAUAGUUUUCUGGAGAUUCCAAAAACUUCUAUAAAAUCGGAGGGGUCUUACACGUGCACGGUCAGCAAUGACUUUGGCGUGGCGAGGAAGGUCUUCAAACUUUGUGUUAUUGCACCCGGUGUGAAAGAGGAUUGUCCGGGAUGGUGGUACAGUUGGAGUCGGCGUUAAAUGGAGGUUUACUGUUUUUCAUGGAUAUUACAGUCCAUAAUGUGCUUACAAGAAUUAAUUAAGACUGAUUGUUCUCACCUCGUCGUUAUUAUUUUUUAAAGAUAUUUUGUUGUACAUUUAAUGUUUGAGCUUAAAUAAAAUGGAGUUAUAUUAUGAAUAAAGAUACAAAUGAUAUGAUAAAUGAAAAUGAGAA